AUGGCCAACAGCCAAGCAAAGGUCGCCGCAUUCCCAGUACAACGGAUGAGGAGGAUGGCUCCAUGGCAAGUGGUUUCUUAUCCUAUACAGUACCUAUCUCGAUAUGGACAUGUUAUAUCGCUGAUCCAUCUUUACCAUGAGCCAUCUAUCUGGCCAUCCAACAACCUGCGACGCUUCCCCGGCAAGGCUGCCACCCAGAUCGUCAACCGCCAACCAUACGUGUGGUCACGUCCUGUCGUAUCGGUUUGA